AUGGCAUCGCACGCCUCCGGGUGGCGCCAGAGGGAGACUUCGGCCUCCCGGAAUGAUCUCGUCAUCAAAUUCUCCGAGGUCGCGAAGCACUUCUCCAAGAAGGACCCUUCUUCUUCUUCUUCUUCUUCUUCUUGCGCCCCGGAGGUCGGCGCCCGGCCUCGUUGGCCCCACCCCUUCGACUAUAAUAGCCUGAUGAAGGCCUUCAGUGAUGCCGGCGAGGUCGAGGAAGUCCUCCGGCUCUUCCGCGAGAUGAAGGAGGACUUCCACUGCCGUCCGGACGUCGUGUGCUACACCACGGUGGUCGAUAGCUUGGCGACGGCAAACCGCCCGGAGGAGGCCGUGGCCGUUUUCGAGGAGAUGGUUUCGGCCGGGGUGAUCCCGGACGCCGCCGCCUACACUGUCCUGGUAAAGUUGUAUUCUUGCCAUCUGAAACGGUUCGAUCGAGCGUAUGAGGUCAUUCGAUGGAUGGUGAAGUGUGGGUGCGCCCCUGACGUGAUCACCUACUCCACGUUGAUUGCCGGUCUCUGCUGGGCUGGCAGGGUCGAGGAGGCGUUGGGCGUUUUGGAUCAGAUGCUGGAGGAAGAAUGCCGACCCAACGUCCAUACUUACACGCCUAUCGUCCAAGCUUAUUGCUCCAGGGGAAGCAUCGAGGAUGCCAGGAGGCUGGUAGAUGCGAUGCACGCGAUUGGCUGCCCGCCGAACACCGUGACCUAUAAUGUACUCAUCCAGGCCCUCUGCAAGAUCAGAGCAUUUGAGGAGGUCGAGAAGCUUUUGGAACAUAGCGAUGCCAAAGGUUGGAAACCUGAUGUGGUUACGUAUUCCAUCUACAUGGAUGGCCCUCUGCGAGUCCGGAAGAGAUGA